AUGUUCGACGAGAGCCGCCUGCUGGUGGUGUUCUUCGACGGCGGCAAUCGGACGGCCGGCGACGCCACCAACGACGAGGGCGUCCUGGAGGCCUUCGGCGAGGUGGUGUCCGGGCUGCAGGUCGCCGUCGUGUCCGGUUGCCCCAUCCGCGCCGUGCUCGCCCCCAACACGAUACAGCUGUCGGGCCGCUUGAUCGGGGCCUCGGUGCGCGGCCUGCGCGCCCAGGUCGUCAUCUCCAUCGCGGACUCCAACGUCAACCAGAAGCUGGACGACGGCACGUGGCAGGGCCUCUUCGGCUACCUGCAGCGCCACGACGCGGACGUCGCGCUCAUCCUGCUGCCCACCGCGGAGCGCCUCGAGUACUUCCGGCCCACGGUGAUGCUGACCACCGUGAACGUGGGCGUGGUGCUGCGCUGCUCGUCGGGGGAGAGCACGGCCCGCAUCGGCCUGGUGCACGUGCUGCAGCACCGCAAAAUCCUCAUGCUGCUGACGGCCACCUUGUUGGCCUACUUCGCCAGCGUGCUGAUGGGCCGCCACGUGGACCUGGUCGUGGUGGCCGUCUUGCUGGAGCAGCCCAUGGAGCCGCAGUUCGCGGUGCAGCGCCGCCUGUUCGGCCAGCUGCUCCUCUUCGUCCUCAUCGUCAACAUCUACCUCAAGUCGGCCAUCACGGCGGAGCUGACGAGCUCCCCGAACGCCGGGCGCAUCAAGACGCUGAGCGACCUGGGCCGCCUGGGGGUCAACCUGGGCAUGAGCGCGUCCAUCCUGCUGGCCAACUUGAGGGAGGCCGCGGCCAGCGCGCCGGAGCUGCAGGGCGUGGCCGCGCGCGCACACACGUGCGACACCAACUUCAGCGACUGCCUCGUCAGGUUUAAGGCCGACCGCGCCUCCACCUACGGCCUGUCGUUCUCCCAGAUCUCGCCCUGGGGCAAGAAGAUCGUGGAGCUCAAGGUGUGCUCGUACGCGCUGCGCGAGCCGCUGGAGACGGUGCAGCUCGUCAUGUUCACGCGGCUGGACGACCCGCUGGGCCUGCUGCUGGACACCAUGAUCCGGCGCCUGCAGUCGGGCGGGCUGCCCCAGUACUGGCUCAACACGCUGCACCCCGCCGGCUCGGCCAGCGGCGAGAACACCCCCGCCGACGGGGACGUCACCAACAUGGACCAGAUGCUGGUGGCCUUGGCCAUCCUCGGCAUGGGGCUCCUGGCGGCCGGCUUCGUCCUCGCCGCCGAGGUGCUGUCCGCGCACGUGGCGUCCGAGCAGGGCCCGGCGCGCCGCGUGCUGGUGCACGGCCUGCACCGCGACCGCUGGGGCACUCGCGGGCCGCGCGCGCGGACUCGGAGGGACUCGGGCUCGGGCCGCACGUCAACGACUACCACCUGA